UUUUAAAAUGUUAGUAAGUCUUUUUUUCUUCUCAUAGAUUCUCAAAAGUUGGGUCAAAAGAGCAAUAAAGACUGCUUUUUUUAUUGAGAACACCUGAUCAGAAGGGUAUACAGCAUGAUUUAAAAUUUUCUUCGUUGGUGUGUUGAGUCACCAGUUCUGUAUUGAGCGUUAAGAAGAGAGGGUUCAUUUGAUAAACGUGAUAAAACUCCUAGCGUUACUACGAUUGAGGACUUGCAUUGUCACUACUCAUCUGCAAGUUUCUUCUUCAUAACCGUUUCCAAAGUGAUUUUCCAUUGGUUCUCUGAACGUUUCGCGUGAUAUACGAAAUUCAGUUGACCGUGAAUAUUGAAUAGACAUAAAAAUGGAAUCAAGAAGAUGGUCCUUCGAAUUAAGUUUCUUCCAGAGAAGAAGUGUCCCUUGACAGUUUGAUUUCAUUAACUUUGCCGAAGAAUACGUUAGAAAAAAAUCAAAGGAUGCUUCGUGGUACCUUCGUUGUCUUCUGUCUACUAUUUCCUGUUUUGGAGGGCGCCAAAAAGCCACACAUACUCUUCAUUGUUGCAGACGAUUUGGGUUGGAAUGAUGUUGGAUGGCAUAAUCCGGAUAUCUAUACACCAAAUUUGGACAAAAUGGCGCACGCCGGGGUGAUAUUAAACUCCUCUUACGUUCACCCAAUAUGUACACCAUCAAGGAACAGUUUUCUGACCGGUGUCUACCCUUUUAGAGUUGGCUUAUCGGGUUCUGCAAUAGAUCCUCGCCAACCACGCUUUAUGUCUCUAGAUACACCAACUCUCCCAGAAAAACUCAAGAAACUAGGUUACUCCACGCAUAUGAUUGGAAAAUGGCACUUGGGGUUUUGUAACGAGAAGUACACACCGACUCGGCGUGGAUUUGAUUCAUUUUUAGGGUUCUAUGCAGGCGCUCAGGACUACUACAAACACACCAACGUUGGAGGAUACGACUUCCGGUUUAAUAAGACAGUGUUUUAUCCACCUAAAAAGCAAUAUUCCACAAAAACGUACGCCAAAAGGGCUGUGGACAUUAUAAAAGAACACAAGAAGAAUAAGAACCCGCUGUUUCUGUACCUGGCUUUCCAGUCGGUUCACACUCCAUUACAGGUACCAAAGAAGUAUGAAAAAAGAUACCAUCUUCUGAAAAACAAAGACAGGAAAAUAUUUUCUGGCAUGGUAACAGCAAUGGACGACGCAGUUGGGGCUGUAAUGGCGGCCUUCAAAAAACACAAAUUUCUGGGGAACCUAGUGGUAGUCUUCACAACUGAUAAUGGUGGGGCAGCUCAUAUUGUUGGGAACAAUUUCCCCCUCCGUGGAUCUAAGACGACCUUAUGGGAGGGUGGAACAAGAGCUGUGUCCUUCGUGUAUAGCAAGAACCUCCUGAAAAGGAAAGGAUACGUUCAUGAGGGAUUAUUCCACUCAACUGACUGGUUCCCUACCCUUUUAGCAGCGGCAGGAGGAAGACCAAAAUUAGAAAAACAGAUCGAUGGUAUAAAUCAAUGGCCGAUGAUAAGAUCUUGUAAACCAUCGCGGAGGACGGAGUUCAUCUACGACAUUGACAAAUCACGACAUUCAUACGGCAUAAGAAUGGGAGACUACAAACUAAUAGUCGGUACCCCUGGGGACUACAAUAGUUGGUACCGAGUGGCAGCGACCGAUAGCUUUUGUCCAAUCUAUGACGAAUAUGAAACAGACAGUGACCAAGAUAUAUUUAUAUACGAAUCACUAAAUAGAAUGGUCAGAAAUGCUAAAGGAUAUGUUCGCUGGUUGACUGCCAAAAUUCCAGGGUUUGAUAUGGUGAGAAAAUGGCAUAGAUAUAGGCAGCUACAGCGUUGUCAGAAGUUAAAAAAACAGGACAAAACAAAAUGGAUUUUCCCGAAAUACCUUCUAUAUAAUAUCAAAGAUGAUCCAUCAGAAAGAAGAAAUAUAGCUGGGUACAAACCAAUGCUGGUGCAGAAAAUGAGAAAACGGUUAGAGCGAUACCAAAGAAAAGCUGUGCCUCAACAAACUAAAAGCAAAGAUCCGCGAUCGAAUCCAAAACGUUAUAAUGGGGUGUGGAGCCCUGGUUGGUGCAAUUAGAGACACAGUAAUUUUCUAAAUGAGACUUCCGGUCCGAAUAAUUAUACUCACCGGUGAUUUAACUAAAACGGGUAGUGCUCGUCCAGAACUCGUUGUCCAUUAUUUGUGAACAGUGUCCAGAUGCCCUGUGUACAACCUUAUUUUGAUUGUUUGUACCUAAUGGAUUCUUGGGUUCAAGAGAAAGUAUAUAAACCUUGCAGGCUGUGUAUUUCAAAGCUUCACAGAAAGUUGGAACAUACAGUGUAAUCUUUUGAAUUUGUACGGAGCGUGAAAAUAAUUGUCUUCAA